CCUCUUGGCCCUCCGUGGAGUUUUGCUCCGCUUCCAGCCCGACCCCCUCCCCAUUGAGCGCCGCCCCCUCUUGGCCCUCCUCCGUCGACGUCCAGAGCCGCCUCUCUCGCCGUGCAGAGGUGCAUCCCUCUCCGUCCAGUGACCUCCUCCUUCUCCGCCUCCUUCCCCUGUCCAGCCUGGAUGAACAUCAACCGAAGCUGCAGCAGGGAUCUCGAUUGAACCAAGACAAGGUACACAUGUACACAAUUUUCAGAGCUACUCUACAUAGUAGCAGUAAAGGAUACAUCAUACAUGGGGGGUAUGGCGAGCUAAUGUCCAGGAUUGUGGUGCUUAGGAUCGCGCAGCUUCACUAAUUAGAUUAUAUUCGUUGGUGAUCUAAAAAAAAACUAGGUCAUUGUUUACUGUUUGGCACUCCUCUCCUCUGGGAAAACAGAAGGGUUCAAAAUUAUAGUGUCUGUCAUAUGAUUCCAGUGCAAAGGAAUUGAAAUUUUGGGGAUUUAUACUCUAUAGAUUUAUACUAGUUGCCACCCAUCUUAUGUAUUUAUAGUGUGCUGCACAACUUUCUGUGGAAAGCACUAAAUCUGGUUGCUGUGUCAAAUGAUUUACAUGUGCAGCAGAGCUACACCGACUCCUUUUUCUGCUUUCUUACUUGCUUGUUGCUACGUACUGUACUACAUUGAUGUCUCCAAGCUACCUCAGAUAUUGUUUCAUGAUUAUGCUAAUCUUCACAUAAUUAUUUUCGUGGCUCUGUUGUCUUUUCCUUGCUGAAGAUAGUGUAUAGUUUAUCUGUAUUGCUGUCAUUUGCAUCAUUGUUUCUUCCGACUGAAGGAACUCUGAGAACGCAGAACGUGAUUCGAUCCGUCCUAUUGACCUCAAUUGGACGUUGAAGAUGCGUUGCAGUAGCAGGGGGAAGGAUAACAUGCCUAGGGAGGUCAACAAAAGGAGCAAGAGGAUACACAUACCCAAUGCACAAGAUGGUUGCGGCGCGUCGCUUCCGUACGAGAUGAUCAUACAGGUUUUGCAGUGGCUCCCAGUCAAAUCCGUCUUCCGCUUCAGGGCAGUUUGCCGUUCCUGGGCUGCGCUGCUCACCUCCAGUGAAUUCCGCUGCCUCCACAUGGCAGUAGCCAAGGCACCAAGGUGGCAGGCACCACCACCCAAGCUGCUAUACAUCUCACCUACUGCCACAUUCGACUCCACCGCGGUCUACUCGUGCUCCUUCUCGCCAUCAUUAUCAUCGGGCCGCCCCAGAGAUCGUGGGGACCUACUAUUCACCAUCGACGGUGCCCGUGGCAACUAUGUGGAGGUAGUGACGCCCGCGCCGUGCCAUGGCCUCACCCUUCUCUACGAUGCUCUCGACACAGCCUACUACAUCUGCAACGCGGCCACACGGGCAGCCACACGUUUGCCGCCUUCUACUGACGUAGCGUGCGACUCCAGUGCUGGGCUGGGAUUUGAUACCCGCAUGGAUGAGCACAAGGUGGUGAGGUUGAUCAAUGGGAUGUUAAGUCAGAAGGACUUGGACCCGGUGAGGUGCGAGGUGUACACGCCUAGAGGCCCCUAUGUGGAUUGCCGCUGGAGGCCGGCUGCCAGAGGAGUACCCUCCAGCUUGCAUAAAUUUGUACAUGCCGCUGUUAUUAAUGCGUCAUGCAACAAAUUAUCUCCCGUGUUUGCCAAUGGUUGCCUCCACUGGUUGAUGACACCUGCCUCUUUCAUCAUGACUCCAAGUGUUGCCAUCGUGUCCUUUUCGGUCGCAGAGGAGACCUUCACAUGUCUCCGGUCACCGCCCUUCUGGGUACCAGGAGCGCCUCCAACCUCCAGGAAUUGGUCAUCAGGAGAGGUUGAACUAUUGGAGCUGGAUGACCAACUAUGUUUGGUUCGCAACAGAAUGCCUCAUGGUAGUAACACUUUGGAGAUAUGGAAACUGCUGGACUAUAGCUCUGGUGACUGGUUGCUGAAUCAUCGAAUUAGUUUGUCAGGGCAUCUGGCAAGGGAUUUGCGUCAGUCACAAAUUCUGAGAGUUAUUGGAUCCUUUGGCAGUUACAGGUCGUCAAGGAAGAAGAUAAUCAUUACUACUAGCAUGCACAAGAUUUUCAACAAAUAUCAGAAAAUGGUUCACACCUAUGAUCCUAGGUCUGAGGCUCUGGAAACCAUUCUUUCAAUCACGGAGACACACUCAACUCCACAUUAUGGGUGCCCUAGUUCAAGAUUCAGUUUCAUUCAAGAGACCCUUGCUCCCGUGCAUACAACAGAUGAAGAGAUAGCCUUGUCAUCUGACCUGGCUAAGGCGACUAGAGAGAUCCUACUCCGCCUCCCAGCUAAAUCAGCCAUACAGUCCAAAUUUGUCUGCAAGCAGUGGUUCAGAUUGAUUGAGAGUAAAAACUUCAUUCAGUCAUAUUUUCAGCAUAAGAACAUAGGCAAAAGGCCUAAAGUCAUGCUUGUGGUCAAGAGCACUGGACGAUUGGGCUUCAGUUUUGCUCCAUUGAAUAAACGCCUCCAAGAAGCUCCUAGUCACAGUACAUUGCUUGAUACAAAGGUGGUUUGCUCCAAGCCUUGCCAUGGGCUGAACUUGGUAAGCACCGAUACGAACGACUACCUCUGCAAUCCAUGUACAGGUUUCCACAGGGCCUACUCUAACCUGGGGCCAAAUUUGCACCUACGCUCGAGAAUGCCUAAAACAGAAGAGCAUGCUUUUACAGUCGGCAAUAAAAAUGUUGGCUUGACUUUCUACCCUUUGACUCGUGAACAUGUUAUCGUGGAAAUCUUCUAUCACCGGAAGGACUUUGAAUCUCGUCAGUAUGACAUGUCAUGCGCGUUACACUGGUGUAACACUCCGAAUGCUGCCCAACAGCACUCGGUACCACCUCUGCCUGUGAAUGAUAUGCCACCGGCCUAUGUUGAAGGAAUGUUGUAUUGGAUGAAUGAACCAAGGUUGGGACAGAGCUGCGAAUGGACCAUUGUCUCUUUCAACCUUGCUACAAGUACUUUCGAUGUCGUCCGGUGCCCUUUGUGGUUUGCAAGAUGGAGUAGCAGAAACCGCUGUCGUGCAUUUGUUGUUGAGCUUGAGGGAGUGUUAUGUGCUGUUCUAGCAGAUCCAGUUGCAGACAAAUUAGAUGUAUGGAAGCUAGAGCAUGGCCAAUGGGGCAGAGCAUACACAAUUCACCUGGAAGCAUGCCCUGGCUAUUCCCUCAAGACAAGCGUUGUGGUGCCAUUAGCUGUUGAUCCCGAUCAUGGGAGGAUCCUGCUCAAUACUGGUAGGAAAAUAGGUCUAUAUGAUCCAGUAGAGCAAACAAUUCAAAAUCUGUAUUCACUUGAUCAGGUGCCGGUUGCCAGUAGUGCACACCUUAAGUUUCUUGAUAUGCCUUCAACUUCAUCAGGGGAUAGUUUGACAUGCUCCGAAGAAGAGUCAGUGGCGGAGACAAAUAGAAUGGACUCUAACUUGAUUCCUUCUGUUCCUAUGUUAUAUGAGGAGAGCCUGGCAUGUUACUCCUUUGUGCGCAAAGCAAACUGCUUGUGGUGAGACAUUUUCAAGGCACCUACUCUGCCUUUUUGUAUGAAAUAUUUAUGGGUAAUAUCUUGCCUGCAUGUUGGCGAACUGAAACACCAAACUUGGACAAUGUAUAUAGUAUGAAACCUUUUUAGCGUGUUAACUGGUUACUGUCUGUCUGAUAUUCCUAUUACUGUGAAGUAUAUCAUUUCUCUUUCGAAAUAUAAUGAUGCUUUCCUGACGCUUAUAUUAUCAGCGCAAACAAGAGGAUGAUGAUAU